GCGGGAGGCGGAUGCGGCGGCCGAGCCCCGGGGCCCGCUUCGCCAUGGCCGCUGCUUUCCCCCGGCUCUGGGCACCCCCGAAACGCCCUGACACCCACCCCGGGUCCCACCGCGGCGUGGGGAAGGAGCGGGCCUCGCCUCAGCCCCACGCGACGGGCAACGGGGAGGGAGACGAGGAGGAGGAAGAGGAAGAGGAGAGAGUGGCGGCAGCGGAAGCCUCCCUGCUGAACAAGCUGCUCCGCACGGCGCUGGUGGAAUCCAACCAUCGCGUGGAGAUCCUGCAGCAGGACCCCACCUCCCCCCUCUUCUCCGUGAAAUCCUUCGAGGAGCUGCCCCUGAAAAAGGAGCUUCUGAAAGGGAUUUACAUGAUGGGCUUCAACCGCCCAUCCAAAAUCCAGGAGACGGCUCUGCCCAUCAUGCUGGCGUACCCCCCCCAAAACCUGAUUGCCCAGAGCCAGUCAGGAACUGGCAAAACGGCCGCGUUUGUCCUGGCCAUGCUGAGCAGAGUCAGCGCCGCUGAGAAACACCCGCAGUGCCUCUGCCUGGCUCCCACCUACGAGCUGGCCCUGCAGAUUGGCCACGUUGUUGAGACCAUCGGGAGGUUCUGCCCUGACCUCCGGGUCACCUACGCUGUGCGGGGCAACCGAGUCCCCCGGGGCACGGUGCUGGAGGAGCAGUUGGUGAUCGGGACGCCGGGGACGGUGCUGGAUUGGUGCUUCAAAUGGAAGUUCCUGGACAUCAAGAAGAUCAAACUCUUCGUGCUGGAUGAAGCUGACAUCAUGAUUGACACACAGGGACUCGCCUGUCAAAGCAUCCGUGUCCAGAGGGCUUUACCUCAGGGCUGUCAGAUGCUCCUUUUUUCUGCCACCUUCAAGGAGACUGUGAGGGCCUUUGCCAUCCAGAUCAUCUCCAACCCCAUCGUCAUCAAACUGAGGGAGGAUGAGCUCACCCUGGCCAACAUCCGACAGUUUUACUUCAUCUGCCAGGGCCGGGAGGAGAAGUACAGAGCCCUCUGCAACAUCUAUGGUGGCAUCACCAUUGGCCAGGCCAUCAUCUUCUGCCAGACACGGAGGAGUGCGCAGUGGUUGGCGAUGAUGAUGAAUGAUGAUGGGCACCAGGUUGGGGUCCUGACAGCAGAGCUGAGUGUGUCCCAGCGUGCUGACAUCAUCCAGAGGUUCCGUGAUGGCAAGGAGAAGGUCCUCAUUGCCACCAACGUCUGUGCCAGAGGGAUUGAUGUGCAGCAGGUGACCAUCGUGGUGAACUUCCAGCUGCCCACCACCUCGAGGAACAAACCGGAUUUUGAGACCUACCUGCACCGCAUCGGGCGCACGGGGCGCUUCGGGAAGGACGGCAUCGCCUUCAGCAUGGUGGAGAAACACAGCAUCCCACUCAUCCAGAUGAUUGAGGAGCACUUCCGCAUUUUUUCUGCCUUCACCCUCCCAAGCCCUGAGCCUGUUGCUCAUCCCUGGCUGUGGGAGAGCAGGAGUCACCAGGGUCCUUUCCGAGCACAAACCCAUCAUCACUCAUCAACAUCCAGAGGAUUUUCAGAGGAAGAUACUUGGGGUUUUUUUCCAAAUCCCAGUGAAUUUUUAAAAGAAAAGAAGGUUCUGGAAAGCUUUUUGCAUGGCAGGAAACCACUUCCCUGCCUCAUCCUCAUCCUUGGAGUUGCUGAAUCUUCUUGGCCAUCCUUAAAUUUCAGUUUCAUCCUUUACAUUUAAACACCAUCGAGGAGACAUGAGUGGAGUUUUUCCAAACAGCUGCAAUGAAACACUUCAAAUAACCACCAGGUGGACGAGUCCAAGCGUGGAGUCAGCCAGAGGAGCCCAACGUGGGGCAGCCCCUGCUUCAUCCACACCAUUCCCAUGGGGAUUUCUCCCAGUUUGUACUGGGAAUCCUGCACCCAGUGCCUGGCAGGAGCUUUCUGGCUGGUGGGGUGUGGGGCUGGACUGACAUUUUACUGACACUUUUUUUUAUUUCCUUCUUGCAGAAACCACCAUCAAGCAGCUGGAUCCAGAUGACAUGGAUGAGAUUGAGAAGCUGCAGAGCUGAGUGAGGAGCUGGAGGGGGGUUUGCUCAGCCCCCAGUCCCAGUUUUGGUUUGCAAAAGGGAGGAAAGUUACGUUAAGUUACGAAAGUUACGUUCUUGUCACUGUUGGGCUUUGUUGAGAUGUUUUAGGAGAAAGUGAGGAGGGAUAAAUCUCUCCUUGGGUUUGUUCUGUGUUUUCUCCGAUGUUCUGGUUCCGUAGCCAUGACUUGAGGCUACAAAGUGGUUACUUGAGGCUACAAGGUGGGGCAACCCACUCCUAAAAAAUGGGUUGGAAAACAGGGAAUGUGUGGUAACCAGCCCCUAAAAAAUCUCCAGGCAGUGGUGGGUGGAGAAAAUCUGGAGAAAAACUUGGGUAAGAGAAAAGGCUGGAGAAUGGAGUCACUGGAAAAUACCAAGCCAGGGUCACUAGAGGGCAGCAGAAACCCUCCCAAACCCCAACGCCAGCGUUUGGGGUGCUAGAGGUGGAGGGGGGGGUGAGGUUGGACCCCCCCGAGGUGUGUGUGUGGGGGGUUUCCCUUUGGCUGUCCCACAGCUCAUCAGUAAAAUGAUUU